GAUGAUAACUCCAUCUAUUUUUUAUCAUAAACAAAUUGGAUCAAAAUGCUGUACUCCAGCAUCGUCCUCGUGUUGGCCAAUUUCUUUUUUUAUAGUUUUAAGUUGGGAUAAUGACAUGAUUUCUUCUUUUUUUUUUGGAGUAUUUUUAUGCUAGUUUACCCAUGGAUUUCAGUAGAUGGGUUUUUUGCUGGAUAGUUAUGUGUUUCGAUGGAAAAUUGGUCUUUUUCAGUGUAUCAUGUGCUACUUAUCUAUGCAUUCUCUUCAAAAUUUCCCCAGAAAUUCAGUUACAUUGGUGUAUACUGUAUAAUCUUGUGUAGACAUGACAUUAUGUUUUGGCUUAUGUGAUUUUUGUACUUGUGUUAGGUUAGAAAUCUUGGGUAUGAUUGUUUAGAUUAAUUGUGCUUUAAGGAUUAAAUGGGUUGGUUUGUUGCUAUAGCUUAGAUUUUCUAUCCUUUACUUCCUGUGGCUUUGUAUACGAGGAACAUGAGUAUCGUUUUUGAGUUUGGAUAAGGCAAUGCAGGUCUAGGAGAAACUUGAAAUUUUUAAAGGUUGGAAUUUUGUCAAUAGAUUUCUGUUUUGUGAGUCAGAAUGUGAUGCGGUAGAUAACUUGUUUUGUAAUGUAUGAAGAUGUUGUGUCAGUUCACGGUGUCAUUCUCAGUUUGGGAUGUGAUUCUUUCAGUUGCAUGGCUUGAUUCUAAGGGGGCAUAUAUAUUCAUGAUUGCAUAUUUAUACAUGUUUCUUGUUUUGGUUGUGGACAAAUUUCAAGCACUGGAUUCAUUGUCUGUCAUAUCUAUAUUGCUACAUAUUAAUUGAAAAAUAAAAUUUUAUGGAAUAUGUCUUUACUUUUAAUUAUCGGGUUUCUUCUUCAUAUCACUUUAGGACCCUGAGAACAAGAAGAUUAUCAUUUGUGAUGAGAAACUGAAGAAUAUAUUUGGAGGGAAAGAUCGAGUUGGAUUUCUUGAAAUCGCAGGGUUGAUUAGUCCUCACUUUCUUUGAUGGAUCCUAAGGACUCAGUUUAAACUUUAAGUGGCCCUUCUUUGAUGGCUUCACUUUCUUUGAUGGGAGGGAACUUUCAUCGGCUUAGGCCCUUCUUUUGGCUAAUGAUACUAGUAAAUAGGGCUCGCUUCGUUUUGCAGUUUUUUUUUAGUAUUAGUUUAUUAGUACAUAAGUACUUGUCUAAGAGUUUUUCUUCUGGAUUUCCAAAUUUGUAGAUAUUUCAAUGCAUUAUUAUUGAUUUCAUCUAUGUUUUUGCUUUAUUCAAUACCUUCAAAUCUUUGGGUUUGCGAUCUUAUAAACGUGGCAUCUGUUA